AUGGUCAAUUUGAUUGAACGACUAGACUUGCAACCAAAAGAAAUCAACUAUCUGAAAUUAUCUGGAGAGGCUAAAUUACUGGUAUGUGGAGCUAAAAAAUAUGUUGAUUCACCUAUUAAGCAAAAUUUACGACUAAAACUGCGUUUAGAAGCUCAUCGUCGCAUGUGGAAACAUAAGCUAGAAUCGCUUCCAAGCAAUGAAGACAUUGAGCUAUUUUGCAUCAAUCUACGAAACAAUGCGAUUUAUUCAAGAAGUGAGGACGAAAAAUUUGUUGAUUAUUACAGUUAUAAACAAGUAAUGAAUCUCGCUCCGAAAGCUUUGCAAGAUUUCUUAUCUACGAAGACUUUUAUGGAUUUGCUUCAAAUUAGCAAUACUAAAGACAGAGGGAGUGUAGCUGUUAACUCUAUUAUCGAAUAUUUGGUAACUAAAAAAGAAAAACUAAGCAAACUAAUCCAUUUGCACUAUUAUGAUUCUGCAAGCAAAGGCUAUUUGUCGACGGAGGACUUGCGAGAGUUUUUAGAAGACGAAGUGUUACCUCAUAUACCCUCUCUUGCAAAUUUGAAUGACGAGGAGCCAAUGCUACAGGAUUAUUACUUGUGUAUGGCUAUACGAAAAUUUUUCUUUUUGCUCGAUACGAUGCAGCAAAAAAAAAUUCGUAUUAUUGACGUUAUAGCUAGUCGAUUAUUGGAAGAAUUUGAGACUCUAAAUGGGUCAUCAAAUGAUAGUGCUGAUGAUGAUGAUGAUGAGUCUGCAAAAAUUGAACAAGGAACAUCUCAAACUAUUAGUACACUAAAUUGGUUUUCGAAACAAAACUGUUUGAGAAUAAAAAGUAUGUACGAACAGCUUGAUACAGAUGGCAACGGGUUAUUGAGUUUUUCAGAAAUGAUUGAUUUUCAGCGUGUGACAAACUCUUUUAUGCAGAGAGUUUUCGAAGUUCAACAAACUUAUGACAAUGAUGAACUUGAUUUAAGAGGAUUUUGUGACCUUCUACUUGCAAUGGAGCAUAAAUCAGACCGUUCUGCACUGAGUUAUUACUUUCGAGUGCUAGAUGUUGAUGGUGAUAAUUUAUUAACUGCUUCGGAUUUGAAUUUUUUCUAUCGUGAUCUUGCGAAAAUGCUAGAAGAUUGCUUAGCAGAUAGUUCGCAGAAAGCGCCCUCAUUCGAUGAUAUCAAGAAUGAGAUAUUCGAUAUGUGCCAUUCAAAAAACCCUGAGGGGAUAACAUUGAAAGAAUUGAUUUCAUCAGGCAAAGGUGGUACGGUGGUGGGUAUGUUAACUGAUCUUGACGCUUUUUUUGAAUAUGAAAAUCGUGAAGAUAUUAUCUAUGAAGAAUGA